AUGAUUGUGCACCGGGACAGGCUGGCCCCAUAUAGGCCGAAACUGCUGGACACUGGGGACGGCGCUCCACCUGCUGUUCAUCUGUUUGCAAAGAAAUCAGUACGAGACUCGAGAAAACUGACCCUGACCUGUCUGAUCACGGGAUUCUACCCCAAAAACGUGAAGAUGAGUCUGAGGAAGUUCGGCACUUCACUUCCUGAACGUCUGAUCACAUCUUCUGGAAUCAGACCCAAUGAUGAUGGAACCUACCAGCUGAGGGAGAGUGUGGAGAUCAGUGGUGAUGAUCCAGCAGAUUAUUACUGUUACGUGUCUCACAGCUCCCUCACAGAACCAGAGAUAAAGAAAUGGGUAAAACCCAAAACCGGCGCUGCACCAGCACUGAAUGGAGGAGUAGUUGGAGGGGUGAUUGUGAUUUUGCUGAGUUUGCUGGGGGUCUUCUCUGUUCUUCGAUGCAAGAGGAGGAGGAGGUGGAGGAGGUGGAAUGGUAAGUAUAAGUGUUUCAGUACAGAUUCUGUUUAA